UUUCCACGUAUCUCCGAGACAAAAGCCCCACGCACGGUCUCAAGUGCCAAAACAAUCCCCUCCCAAAUCUUCCAUUUCUUUCUCAUCUCCUCCAUCCAAUUCCAGAUGAAAAUGGCCACAAUUUUCAUCCAACCAAUCUCAGCCAUCCUUUUCUUGAUCAUGGUCACGAAAUUCCCGAUCGCAGAAACGUCCGAUGCAGCAAAUUCCAAUAAGAUUCAAUACAAUUCGCCAUCGCCUCCGACUGAAUGCGAGUACCCAUGUCUGCCGCCGCCCACAUCGACCGCCACGCCGAACGGUCCACCACCAUCCCCACCAUCUCCGCCUUCCGGGUUGGGCUCUUACAAUCCGCCUCCGGCGACAGGAGGUUAUUAUUACCCCCCACCUUCUGGAUAUUUACCUUAUGGCCCACCACCAUAUCUUACUUACCCUGGACCUCCUCCUCCUGAUCCAAUUCUACCUUAUUUUCCUUUCUAUUCCAGAAAAUCGCCUCCCUCAUCAUCGGCGAUCGCCAUCGGUAACAAUCCUACGGUUGUGAUUUUGCAUUUGAUCUUCUUGGGCUUUUUUCUAAGUUAAUGAUUUUUUUUUUUUUUUUUUGGGAUUAGUGUAAUGAGUGAUGAAUAUGGUAGAAAUUCCACAGUA